GGUGGGCGGCGAGAGGAAGUGGCGGCGGCGGCGGCCAGGGGCGGCGGGUGCUGGGUCGGCGCGGGCGGUAGGCAACGGCUAAGGCGGCGGCGGCGUGGGCUGGGCUCGAGCGGGCGGCGGCACCUCAGACUCCCGGGAGCUGGAGCCCACGCGGGCGGGCGCCUGAAACAAAGGGAAGCGAGAGUCAGGGCGCCGCGGGUGGGCGGUCAGUCGGUCAGCGCGGAGCCGGCCAGCGGGUGCCGCGCAAGUCCGGAGCCCGGCCGGCCGGCGCGGCCUCAGGGCGGGAAGAUGCCGCGCGUCGUGCCUGACCAGAGAAGCAAGUUCGAGAACGAGGAGUUCUUCAGGAAGCUGAGCCGCGAAUGCGAGAUUAAGUACACGGGCUUCAGGGACCGGCCCCACGAGGAGCGCCAGGCGCGCUUCCAGAACGCCUGCCGCGACGGCCGCUCGGAAAUCGCUUUUGUGGCCACAGGAACCAAUCUAUCUCUCCAGUUUUUUCCGGCCAGCUGGCAGGGAGAACAACGACAGACACCUAGCCGGGAGUAUGUGGACUUAGAAAGAGAAGCAGGCAAGGUGUAUUUGAAGGCUCCCAUGAUUCUGAAUGGAGUCUGUGUUAUCUGGAAAGGCUGGAUUGACCUCCAGAGACUGGAUGGUAUGGGCUGCCUGGAGUUUGAUGAGGAGCGAGCCCAGCAGGAGGAUGCAUUAGCACAACAGGCCUUUGAAGAGGCCCGGAGAAGGACACGUGAAUUUGAAGACAGAGACAGGUCUCAUCGGGAGGAAAUGGAGGUGAGAGUUUCACAGCUGCUGGCAGUAACUGGCAAGAAGACAACAAGACCCUAGUCCUGGUUCCAAUUUAGGUGGUGGUGAUGACCUCAAACUUCGUUAAUUAAUUAGCACAGUAGAUGUGCCCACCUAUCUUUACAUUUACAUUGUUUCUAGUCAGCAGAAAUAAUCAUUAAAAGACCAGAAACUGUGAUAACUGGAGGUACCGCAGUCUAUUUCUCAACCUUAGGCAGUAACAAGACAUCACAAACUGCCAUGGUUUUGCACUAUGAUUAUAAUACCUGCAUUUCUAAUUUUGUAUGCAUGUAGCCAGUAAUUUGACAUUUUUUUCUAUGCAAGCUUACCUUGUUGGCAUUAUUUUAAAUGAGUUGAAACUAUCCACUUGUAAAGCUCUUUUCCUUCAUUUUAAUUUAAAAGUUUAUGUCAUUUAAAAACAAGCCAAGAAAUUAAAAUUUUUUCAGAGGGUUUUUCCCCCUAAUUGGUUGUUCUAAUUAUUUUUGGAAUUUUAGAUGUGUUGGUUACACAGCUUCAUUUUAGAUAGACAUUCUUGAUUAUUUGUUUUGUUUCUGUGUUUUUAUAGUCUAUGGCAUUUUAAAACUGCUGAUGUGUUUGCAUUAUUUACAAGCUGAAGACCUAGUAGCAUAGAGCUGUCUGCCACAGCCUUUUAACACAAAGUUUACAGUUGUUAAAGUUGCAGUAUCCUUUUAAAUGUUGAUAAUCAGCUCCUUUUUCUUUCCUCCUUAAACAUAAAAAAUUUUAAUUGGUAUUAACUCUAAUCUGCCCCAGAUCUGUUUUACAUUCUGUUCUGUAAUCAUGAGUUUGUGUGGAGAUACUCUCCAUAGAUGGUAAUACUCUACUGAAAUGCCUAAAGAAGUCACAGGCUGGCUUCUGUUUUAUUCAGGGAUUUUUUUUUAAGUCAAUCAGAAAAGGGAUACUGGAGCUCCUUCAUGUAUGUAACAGCAUAUUAAACUGGAGACAGUGAUGAAUCAGCUACCAAGGUAAUAUUGUAUUAAAAUCAUGUUUAAGAUAGCUGCUUUUAUGUGUAUUUUAUAAUGCAUGCUUUUGUAAAAACAAUGCUGGGUGAUGAAAGAUUAGUCUUAGAGAGAAAAUGUUCAUCUGUGCAGAGGAUACAUUUUCUUCAUUAAUUAUUCUGGGAAAAACCUCACAGGUUAUAUAUAUGGUAUUUUCCAGAAGAACAUUAAUAGAACCUUUUGAGAUGAAUUAGUAUAAGAAUAUUUUUAAAAUAGGCUCACUAUCAAAUUAAAUGCAAUUUUUUUUUUUUUUAAUACAAGACUGGAAAAAAGUGCUAAGUCAUUUGGAACCUCCUUACAAAUAUUUUUCAUGGUCACAUUCAUUAAAUGUUACUACAUUUCUGAAUUUUUGCAAAAAUAUAUUUUAUCGUAAUAGAAUGACAUUAUUUUAAAGAGUGAAAAACUGACAUGGUCAAUUCAGAAAAGGAACUGAAGUAUGAAUAAGGUCAUCGCAUUUAAAACACACACACACACACACACACACACACACACACACACACACUUGACUGAUGAGGGAGGUGUGACUUUUGUUGUAUAUAGGUCUUAUGAUUCAUAAACAUGUCCUGUAUCUCAGAAUAAAAAUAUUUGUUAUAUAUUUGAAGUCAUGCAUGGUAAGGGAGUGUGUUUAAAUUGUUAUAAACAAUAAUGCAUCAUAACGGACCAUGCUGAUCUUGUGUAACUAAGUACUAUGAAUGAAUUUGGUUGGUUUUUGGUGUUGUGCAGUUCACAUGUUUACACACUCAGUGCCCUAAUUUCCCCUGAGGGAAUCACCUUUUAAGUGGCCCUUAAAGUGGUGUUUUAAGGUUACUUUAUCACAGAGCUCCUUGGUUUUUUGACUUCUGCACUUAAUUUUUUUAAUAACAUGAUGGUGAUGGUACAUUUUCCUCUACUGCUUCUAGCUAAGGGCUUUCAUUCCACCGGUAACUAAGAUCAAAUGUUAUUAAAUGUUCAUAUUGCCACCCUUCUGUAAAUAUUCGACUCUUCCUGUCAUUUAGCACAGUGCUGUUUCCAUCUGUCUUAAUGCUGGCAUUAAGAUCAUAAGCCCUUUUUCUCCAGUAGUGCAGGCUUUGAAAACUUUUAUUAAGUUAUUGAUGCAAUUUGAUAUUUUUCCAUGAUCUAUAUUUAAACAAAAUUACAUCAUUGCAUCAUCUUUUCUAAAUUCAUCUCCAUUAAAACUUGCCUUAAGCUGCCAGAUUGCUUUUGCCACCAUUAGCCAUAUUGUAUGUUUGUAUGUUUAAUUUACUUUCACAAUAAACUUAUGUGUAGUGAAAAAAA